GCGAGUACUACAUUAGUGAUCGCCUGCGACAGUCGGUAUCCUCAGCUCGUAGCGCAAGGAAAGACGCCGACGAGCUCCCGCCAAUACCCAAGCGUCGCUACCAUCAACUCCCUGCCUGUCCCUCGGAGUACCAGUCUCAGAUUUGAUCACCGAACUUUGGGUAAAGUUGGGUCAGGAGUGAGUGUUUCAGGACUCUGGUCAAGGGAGACAUUCUGACUGUUAGUGGCGAGUGAAACUUGAGGUGUUCCUCGAGGUGACGCUCCUCUCUUGACGCCUUGACUGACGGAGCCGCUGACGGAGCGGGGAAUUUCUGCCUUCCUGCCGCCGCUACGAGUUUCUAAGUGUGGUUGAGAGGCUUUUGGCGCGGCCCUUAGCGGCGGAGGUGGCAUGCUGGAGCUCAACCAGCCUCCAACGUCGACUAGCGCCGGCGGCAUGUUGUCAUUCCUCUCCAACAUGGACAACCGCGGCGGGCUAGUCCUCAACCCGCCACUCGCCGCCCUACACACAAUGACCGAUAUGAAGUCCCUAUACGCGCAGCAGUCCGUCAAAUCCCUCUCGCCGCAGUCGCCGCCGCAGCUCUCGCCGCAGGGAAUCUCGCCGCAGGAGCUUGCGGCGUCGUAUGCGUCAGCUGUCACCACCGCACCCUCCUCCACCACCACACUCGCCACGCCGCACAACAUCGAAAACAUCCUCAAUAGGCCUAGUCCGCUGGUGACAACGUCGACGGGUUUGUGCGGCGUCGGCCAGAUGGGCGGCAUGUCGGGCCUGGGCCGCCUCGGAGGCUCCAUGAGCCUGUACAGCGGCCUGGCCGGCAAGAUGGCAGACCUGGCCCGCCCACCUUCCAUAUACUGGCCGGGAGUGCAAGGCAUGUUGCAAAACCCGCUCUUCUGGAGGGAGAGGAUACAGAACAGUCAUGGUAUCCCGGGCAUGACGAUGGACAAGGAUGGGAAGAAGAAGCACACGAGACCUACCUUCAGCGGCCAACAGAUCUUCGCUCUGGAGAAGACCUUCGAGCAGACCAAGUACCUUGCGGGCCCCGAGAGAGCCAAGCUCGCGUACGCUCUCGGGAUGACUGAAUCUCAAGUCAAAGUGUGGUUCCAGAACCGGCGAACAAAAUGGCGGAAGCGCCACGCAGCGGAGAUGGCCACGGCCAAGCGGAAGCAGGAGGAGGCUGUGGACGGAUACGGCGACGAGGAGCAGGACGACGACGAGGAACAGUCAGACUCGAAGCGUCUGAAGCACAGCCUGGAGGAUCACCAGGACGCCCCUGGAUCCCAGCAACAACAGCAAACGUCGACACACAUCCCCGGUCACUCUUCCGUGUCCCUGGACUCCCUGGACUGUCCUACGUCCCGUGAUCUCCAACCCGACAUGCAGUGAAGGCUCCGUACCCCCCAUGCGUGUCCAAACUAACCCCUAGGUGUUCUUAAACCCGCUCCGACGAGAUCUCCUGCUCUCGUAAACCCCGCCAGGUUCAGGUUCUAAACUGCAGAAUUCCUUGAUCUCGCACCUCGAUUACGUUCCAGGGCCCAAGACCGAAACCCGAGUCUUAAUAUCUUACGAACUCCUCUUUGCUCCGGGUUCCGUGUUAGAAUCUUAGAGAUUCAGAGUCUGAAUUCACCCCAUCAGCCAGGAGCCACUUCUCCCACUCCCCAACGCUGUUUCAGAGGAUCUGGCGGACUUCGAUAACCGAACUCCUGUUUGGGUCAAAAUGGUAUGCCAAAGGGGCGUGAAGGUGAGGUGCCAAAGGGGGCGUGAAGCUGAGGUGC